AUGGAUUCUAUAGAACAAGGAUGGUCGUCUAAUCCAAGGGGACGAGGGGAGGGUGUUGUGGAUAAAAUUCGAAAUUGCAGACAUGAGAUAUCGGUCUGGCGUAAAGCCAACCCACCGUAUGGAAAAGAGACAAUAAGUAAUUUGCAGAAAGCACUAGAGGAAGUGCAAAAUGAUAUGUCUAAAUCGGAAGAAGAGGUGAUAGAGGUUUCGCGUAAGUUGAAGGAGGCCUAUAGAGAUGAAGAAUUAUAUUGGGAACAAAAAAGUAGAACCGCAUGGCAUGUUUAUGGUGAUAGGAAUACUAAUUUUUAUCAUGCAUUAACGAAACAACGGCGGAUCCAGAAUAGGAUUACUGGGCUGUAUAAUGAAAAUGAGGUUUGGACGAACUCGGAAAUAGAAAUAGAAAAGGUGGCAGUGAACUACUUUGAGAAGUUGUUCAAAUCAACUUCGCCUGCGGAUUUUGAGGGAUUCUUAGCAGAGAUUCCGGAAUCGGUUACCUCGGAACAGAAUAGACGAUUAACGGCAUUAGCAACAGAGGAAGAGGUGAGGAAGGCUUUAUUUUUAAUGCAUCCAGAAAAAGCACCGGGGCCGGAUGGUAAUAUUCUGAUCGCUCAAGAGAUGUUUCAUGGAAUACGAACUAAUAACGCAUGUAAGGAGAAAUUCAUGGCUAUUAAAACGGAUAUGAGCAAAGCUUAUGAUAGGGUAGAAUGGCUCUUUAUGGAGAGGCUUCUUCUGAAAAUGGGUUUCUGUUCGAGGUGGGUCUCUAGAAUAAUGACCUGUAUUUCAUCGGUUUCUUACAAGGUUCUACUCAAUGGACAGCCUAAAGGAAGUAUAGUCCCAGAGAGGGGGCUUCGACAAGGGGAUCCGCUGUCUUCAUAUCUCUUUAUUUUGUGUACAGAAGCGCUUAUAGUGAAUAUUAAAAAAGAGGAACGCAAUAAGAGAUUAACGGGGUUAAAACUGCUAAAGGACUAUGAGGAUGUAUCUGGUCAGCUUAUUAAUUUUGACAAGUCAUCCCUUCAAUUUGGGCAUAAGGUGCCAGAUGUAACGAGGGUGGAGAUCAAAACUCAAUUGGGAAUUAGUACCAUAGGAGGUAUGGCUAAUUAUUUGGGUAUACCAGAGAGCCUAGGAGGGUCUAAAAUUCAGGUAUUCGGGUAUGUGACGGAGAGAAUUAAUCAAAAGAUUAAUAGCUGGACAGUGAGGUUUCUUACUAAGGGUGGUAAAGAGGUUCUGAUUAAAUCGGCAGCAAAUGCAAUGCCUAAUCAUGUGAUGUCAUGUUAUAGAUUACCGAAGGCAGUUACAAAGAAAAUCACAGGAGCAAUUUCUCAUUUUUGGUGGGGUGGGAGUGGAAAUAAAAAAGGAAUUCAUUGGCUAUCAUGGGAUAAGGUAUGUAAACAUAAAGAUGAAGGAGGCUUGAGCUUUAAAGAUCUUCAAGGUGUUAAUACGGCAUUACUUGCGAAACAACUUUGGCGUAUAAUUGAUAAACCAGAGUGUUUGUUCUCAAAGGUCUUUAAAGGGCGUUAUUUUAGGAAUACGGAUCCUAUGGAUCCACACAGAUCUUAUUCACCUUCUUAUGGUUGGAGAAGUAUCUGUUCAGCUAGAUCUCUGAUUAAUAAAGGGCUAAUCAAAAGAGUGGGACAUGGUAACUCCAUCUCCGUAUGGAGUGAUCCAUGGAUUCCUGCUCCUCGCCCGAGAUCAGCAACCCCAAAAACUCAACCACAGGUUUUGGUUCCCUCUCUUAAGGUGGACUAUUUCAUUAACCCGGCGACUCUUUCCUGGGAUGAAGAUUUGCUUAAUGCAUUUAUUCAUACUGAUGAUGUUAACAUAAUUAAAGGUUUGGCGAUUAGCCGGUCCCAUAGACCAGAUCAAAUGGAUGGGCCUUUACGGAUAAUGGGCGCUAUACAGUUAAAUCGGGUUAUCAAAUAG